UGGAUGAGUUGCAAGCAAAAGGAGUUGGGACAGUGAAUAAAGCCUUGACAGAAUCCUUCAGAAUCCUGAGGGAGUUCAGAAAUGCUGGUCAAGGAGGUCUUUGUAACCAAGCCAUCAUGCUGAUCACUGAUGGAGCUAUGGAAGAUUACGAAUAUGUCUUUGAAAAGUUCAACUGGCCCGAUCGUAAGGUACGGGUUUUUACAUAUCUUAUCGGGAGGGAAGUCAGCUUUGCACAGAAUGUGAAAUGGAUAGCAUGUAACAACAAAGGGUACUACACACAGAUAUCAACUUUGGCUGACGUCCAGGAGAAUGUAAUGGAAUACUUGCAUGUACUCAGUCGACCAAUGGUUAUCAACCACGAUCAUGACAUCAUAUGGACUGAAGCCUACAUGGACAGUGCGCUCUUUGCAUCUCAAGCCCAAAGCCUCUUGCUCAUGACAACGGUGGCUAUGCCAGUUUUCAGCAAGAAGAAUGAAACGAGAUCUCAUGGCAUUCUCCUGGGUGUGGUAGGCUCAGACGUUCCUUUGAGAGAACUCCUUAAGCUGGCUCCACGAUACAAGCUGGGUGUCCAUGGAUACGCCUUUCUGAACACGAACAAUGGCUACAUUUUGUCUCACCCAGACCUCCGGCCAUUGUAUAAAGAAGGGAAGAAGCUAAAGCCCAAACCAAACUACAACAGUGUUGAUCUUUCUGAGGUGGAAUGGGAAGACGUGGAUGAAACUCUACGAACAGCAAUGAUCAAUGGGGAAACAGGUGACCUCUCAAUGGAUGUGAAGGUGCCUGUAGAUAAAGGGAAACGGGUUCUCUUCCUCACUAAUGACUAUUUCUUUACUGAUAUCAGCGGCACACCCUUUAGUCUGGGAGUUGUUCUAUCGCGAGGGCAUGGUGAAUACAUCCUGCUUGGGGACACUUCAGUGGAAGAAGGUUUACAUGAUCUGCUGCAGCCAGACUUGACUUUAGCCAAUGAAUGGAUUUAUUGCAUUACAGAUAUUGAUCCAGAUCACAGGAAGCUGAAUCAGUUAGAGGCCGUGAUCCGUUUUCUCACAGGAGAAGAAGCUGACCUGGAAUGCGAUGAAGAAUUAGUUCAAGAGGUGCUGUUUGAUGCUGUAGUAACAGCACCCAUGGAAGCCUACUGGACAACAUUAGCACUCAACCUGUCUGAUGAGGCUGAAGGAGGGGUGGAUAUGGCCUUUAUGGGAACUCGGGCUGGUCUUAUGAGGAGUGCUCUCUAUGUUGGAACUGAGAAACUUUCUAACAGGAAGUUCUUGACCCGUGAAGAUAAAGAGAGCAUCUUCACCAUGGACCACUUCCCACUUUGGUACCGCCGAGCAGCCGAACAUCCCCCAGGAAGCUUCAUUUAUAGCAUUCCUUUUGAAGACCCUUCAGAAGGAGGUCUGCCUGAGGCGGUAACUGUGAGCACUUCUGUGGCUGUGACUGUAGGUGGGAAGACGGCAAUUGCUGCAGCUGUGGGUGUGCAAAUUAAACUAGAAUUUCUUCAGCGCAAGUUUUGGAUGGCUACACAGCAGCCCAAUGACACUGAUUGCAGUGAUGUGGAUGGUCUGUGUCCCUUGAACUGUCAGAAUGACAAUCUGAACUGCUUUCUCAUUGAUAAUAAUGGAUUCAUACUCGUUUCCAAAGCCUCCAAACAGACCAGCAAAUUUUUGGGAGAAGUGGAUGGCUCUGUUAUGACCCAGCUUAUAAGCAUGGGAAUGUUCAAACAGGUGAAAAUGUACGAUUACCAAGCCAUGUGUAAAAUGCCCCACCACCACCAUAGCGGUGCGCGCCCUCUUCUCAGUCCAGUUUAUGCCUUAUUGGGAGCACUAAAGUGGCUGAUAACUGACUUCCUCAUAUUCUUUCUGGAGUUCAACAUAUCUGGCUUCUGGCACACAGACAAUUUGGCAGAUGCCAAGGCUGUUUUCCAUCAUGCUCACAAGCACAAGAAGCACGACAUGCUACAGCCAUGUGACACAGAAUACCCAGUGUUUGUAUAUGAACCUGCCAUCAAAGAGACCAAUGGGAUUAUUGAAUGCGGAGACUGUCAGAAGAUGUUUGUGGUGCAGCAAAUUACCAACAGCAAUCUCCUGCUCCUGGUUGUGGAUGCUGUAUGUGACUGCAGCAACUUUCCACCUGUCCUACUACAACCUAAAGAAGUCAAAUAUAAUGCAUCAGUGAAAUGUGACAGGAUGCGUUCCCAGAAGCUGAGGCGGCGACCAGAUACCUGCCAUGCAUUCCAUCCCGAGGAAAACGCCCAGGACUGUGGAGGAGCGGCAGAGAUUUCUGCCUCAUUAGCCCUGCUCUUCCUUCCUCUGGGAACCACAGCUGUUCUCUUGCGGUGACAAGGCCCAUCAAAGUCCUUAUUUUGGACCAGAAAGGCAAAUGCUCUAUUUUGAGGACCAUGCUACUUGGGCACUUAAGACAACUGCUGCAUGCCAGAGCAUGUGGACAAUGCCACAGAGGCUCAGGAACUUCUUCGGCUGCAUCCUCCCAAGGAACUUGCUAGCUGUGUUGUGUUUGGAAGUGGGGCUUCCUUUCUUCAAGAAGCUUGCAACUGAGGGUGGGGCACCUAUGGCUAUGGACCAACAGGCUCACCAAGCUGUGUGAUCUCACAGCUUCCCCUCCCUGCCUUAGCAGCAUGGAAAAGUUUACACUGGUGGGGGAAAGGCCUGGAACAGUGGAUGGCAUUUGCCAAAUGGAUGGACUUAACCUAUAACUUACCCUAGCUGCAAAAUGGGAACAGUCAGUACUAUCUGCUAAAGAGAAGCAUCUCAUAAUCCCCUUUCUUUUAACUUAACAGACACCUGGGCAGUUCUGCAGGAAUGGCAGGAAUAUUACCUUCUUAGAGAAUAUAAUGGUCAUCAACAGAGUUUCAUUUAUAUUGUCAAGGAACUGGAGAACAAUAUUGCCAAGCCAGGCUUUGGCAGGGAUUCCUGUAACCGGCAAGGAGUUCCUGCAACUCUGCCUAUUGCAGACAUUUAAGCUCUUCUAAGGCUACACAGAGAGCUUUCCUCUAAAAUAGCUGAUUCAGACAAUGAUUAGAUUUAUCAGCUUGAUGUGAAAAUAGCUCCAUGUGUUCUAUUUCAAGAGGCAUGAUGCAUUAUGGGGAGUGGUUGCAGGUCGAGAAUUUCAUCUGAAACCUUGGAUGGCUACUACCAGCCAGUGUAGACAGUACUGAGCUAAAAGGAAUAAUGUUUCUACCUAUGUUUCUGUGUUAUUAAGGCAAACUUAAACUCUAGCCUUAGAAAUAUUCCUUCUGUCCACACCUCUCAAGUUCCCUCAGCUUCACAUCACUGGACAAGGAGUUUAGCCAUAACUCCCUUGCAUAGGUUACAAAAUUACAUAGGUUACAAAAUUAAACAUGGCGAGGCUAAGUGUGCAUAUUAGCUUUGUUAGACGCAAAUGUUUAAAAGCUGACACUUUUGGGAAGUCUACAGAUGCACAGGAAAUAUGACUGUCACCUUCCAGUUCCUACUGUAUCCCGCAAUAUUAUUUUGCCAGACAUGCUGACGGCUUCAUGGAUGCACCACCUGUAUAAUACAAUCUUUAUCAGUUUUCAGGGAAGAGAGUAACCCCUCAGAGGUGUGCUAAUACAAUGUGAAAUUUCUCUCAACUUUUGAAAGCCAUUUUGCCUUAUGAACGAAAUUAUGGGCAAAAUUUUCACCACACCAAGUUUUCGUUUCUAGAUCCCAGUAGUUUACGUGCCAGGCGUGGGCUGAUGGUUGGAUAGCCAAGACCUUAAGACCUCAGAAAUGGAGAAAGCAAGCAAAGGAAGGAAGCCAUAUUACAGGACUGCUGGUAUGUAUUUCCUUGACAUGACUAGCAUUUCAAUAAGAAAGUCCUACUCUCAAAUCCCCAAGAGAGAUUUGUGACAGUACAGAUGAUGUUGAACUUUUGCUUUUGUUUUUGUAAUAUGUGUUUGACAUUUGGCCUCUUUUUAAAAUAUGACA